ACCACAACUACACCAUCGAGUAGAACAAUUUAGCUAGCUAGGAGAGAUCGAUGGGUAUAAUGAAGUUUGAAGCCGAAGUGAUCUCCAAGCAUAUUAUCAAGCCUGCUUCUCCAACCCCUGACCAUCUUCGCCAUUACCAGUUCUCUUUUCUUGAUCAAAUAUCUCCCCCGGUCUAUAACCCUUUGCUUCUCUUUUAUGAAUUCAAUGCCAAAACUCAACCCAACAUCACUGAAAUAUCCAACCACCUGAAGACCUCCUUAGCCAAAGUCCUUAGCCUCUACUACCCACUAGCCGGACGAUUCAAAGACAACCAACAUGUGGAUUGCAAUGACAAUGGUGUACCCUACCUUGAAGCUCAAGUCAACUGCAAACUUUCUGAUGUUCUCAACAAUCCAAUCCCUGGAGAACUCAACAAGCUCAUGCCAUUUGAGCUCGACGAUGUGGCAAGCAAAUAUCCCCUUGGCGUCCAGCUCAACGUGUUUCAAUGUGGUGGUUUUGCUAUUGCUCAAUGCCUUACUCAUAAGCUCGCAGAUGGGUUGUCAUACUUCACGUUCAGCAAAACUUGGGCCGCCACCGCCGGUGGCGAACCUAAAAUAGCGCAGCCGCAGUUCAUUUCCGCCACACUAUUCCCUCCCAAAAAUUUAAGCGGAUACGAUGCGCGCACCGGCAUCACCAGAAACAAAGUAACAAAAAGAUUUGUGUUUAGUGCCAUUAACAUAGAGGAGCUCAGAAAAGUUCAGGCGAAUAAGGCAUCAGCACACCCUUCGCGUGUUGAGGCCUUAUCGUCUUUCAUCUUAAGCCGAUUUGUGGAGGCUACCAAAGACAUUGGAUCGGCUGAAAAGUUUUACAGGGUGGUUCAUGCUGUGAACUUGCGGCCAAGGUUCGAACCACCACUGCCACACCAUUCUUUUGGGAACCUUUACCGAGUUGCCAUGACAGCUCCGUUACAAAUAAGUUCCGGGGAACCAUAUCACGGUAUACGUGAAGAGAUAAGCAAGAUCGACAAUGCAUACGUGAGAAAACUACAGAAAGGUGAUGAGCAUUUGAGCUCCAUCAAGACGUAUGCUAAGAGUUUUGCUAAAGGCGAGCAGGUUACAAUCAGCUUCAGUAGUUAUUGUAGGUUUCCUCUGUAUGAUAACGAUUUUGGUUGGGGGAGGCCUACGUGGGUGGGAUCGCCGGCACUGACGUUCAAGAACCUAGUGAACUUCAUGGACACCAGAGAGGGUGGUGGAAUUGAGGCGUAUAUUAGCUUGGAGGAGGAAGUCAUGACAAAGUUUGAGAGCGAUGUAGAGCUCUUAGCUUAUAUGUCUUCGAGUGCGGUGCUGAACCAAGCAACGUAGUACGUGUUGUGGACACUGGCAUGGACAAGUGCGAAAUAUUGAUGUGUGUAGGGAAGGCCUUUUUUUGUGUGUGACUUCUGAGAUUGUUCUAUAUAUUCAAAUUUUCAGGUCCCCGAGUAGUCAAUAAAAUUUCAGAUAUGU